AUGACAACCACUGCUUCCAACACCCUCGCGGCUCUGCGCCUCCGCUUUCUCGCCUCCGUUGCCGCCAUCCCUGCGUCCGCCAGGCCCAAGCCAAGCCUGCCCUCGUAUGGGGUUCACUGGGGCACCAUCAAAAUCCGUGGGCCCAAGUCUGUGAAAACUCUUCCGAAUCCGCCCAUGUCUGGGCCUUGCACGGGCUCAUCAAGCGCGAAGCUGAACCCGAAGCCGCUUCCAUCGUCGACAGCCCUAAGCCGGCCUUUGUAUGGGGUUCUCGGGCCUCGAGCAAGGAGCAAGGGCGAAGCCUGCACUGCCAAAAAGGCAUGUGUUGAAGGAUCUAGGGGUCUUCCAACAAGUGCGAAGCUUCGCCAAAGCCCACCACUAUAA